CUGCUUUUCCCUGGGUUUUUUUAAUGAACAAUUGUGCAUCUGUUCCAGUCCCCUCUCUGCUGCCAGUGCUCACUCCUAGUUUCCUUAGGCAGUUUUAGCAAAACCUUCAGUGUGAGAUGGACUGUGAAGUACUAGCCAAGAAAGCAGCUGGAAAACCCCCAGAUUUGGCUAUUAUGUGCUGGAAUCCCAACCCCUUUCCGCUUCCAUGACAUGCAUAGAAAUUCAGAUCCCCUUGAGAAGUCUUCAGGUUUGGAAAAGCACUACCUGCUUCUACAGUUUUGGAUUUGAACCCCGUUCUGGACAACAAAUGACAAGGAGUAGCUCUAUUCUGUCCAGCUAACGCUAGAUAGAAUUUUUUAAAGCAGUGGAGUCAGUUCCUUGGAUUGGAUUCAAGGUUUUUGCUCUGGGGAGGAAUUGAGUCUGCAGUAGGAAGGCAAAGAUGUCCAAGCGAAGCCUGGCCUGUAUGUGCCCCAAGAACAAAGAUGAAGACUGAUUAACUCGGACUCAAGUUCUGAGGUUUGUCCUCCUCCUGGACUUCCAGGUCGCUGAGUGGGUGGUGAACGUCCUGUCACCCUCGCCCUCAGGCUACUUUGAACAACGCCUUGGCAGCUUGAAUUUUUGUCCCAGUCAUACCACAACCAAGUAAACAGCCACCUGCGUGCCACCUGAGGAGGUGUAAGGGCUGUGUGGGCAUGAAGAGAGAGGGCCCAUAACAAAAGAGGAUUGUAAACCAACCCUUCCUGCAACUCAGCAGUGAUCUGGCCUGUCUUGGCAUCCAGAGAAGGCGGGAGGUUCCUUACUAAAAGCAGCUGUGACAUCCCCCACCCCCCCGCGGGCCCUGUCGCCUCUGCGCCGCUGAGCCCAGGACACAGCAGCGCCACCGCGUCCCGGAACCGCAGCCGCCUCGGCUGAGAAUGUCCACUCAGGACUUGAGGUAAACUGGCCAGGGCCGCUCCGGGCCGGGUGUCUGUGGUGACAGCGCAGCAGUCGCCUGCUCGUCCAGACUCCUGAGUCCAGUCAUUCUGUGGCCUCCUCCUCCUCGCCGCCUAGUGUCACAGCAAAACUCAUCAAUGGAGGUGUGGCAGGGCUUGUUGGGGUGACCUGUGUGUUCCCCAUCGACUUGGCCAAGACUCGGCUGCAGAACCAGCAUGGAAAAGACAUCUACAAAGGAAUGAUAGACUGCCUGAUGAAAACUGCCAGGGCAGAGGGCUUCUUGGGCAUGUACCGAGGGGCUGCAGUGAACUUAACCUUGGUCACUCCAGAGAAGGCUAUCAAGCUGGCAGCCAAUGAUUUCUUUCGGCAGCUGCUAAUGGAGGAUGAGCUGCAGCGGAAUCUGAAGAUGGAGAUGCUGGCCGGAUGUGGAGCUGGAAUGUGCCAGGUGGUGGUUACCUGUCCCAUGGAAAUGCUCAAGAUUCAGCUGCAGGAUGCUGGGCGCUUGGCAGUUUGUCAGGGCUCGGCCUCAGCACCUUCCUCCUCCAGGCCCUACACUGCAGGUUCGGCUUCCACCCACAAGCGCCCGUCUGCCACCCUUAUUGCCUGGGAGCUACUCUGCACCCAGGGCCUGGCUGGUCUCUACAAGGGUCUGGGUGCCACUCUCCUCAGAGACAUUCCCUUCUCCAUCAUCUACUUCCCACUGUUUGCAAAUCUGAACAACCUUGGUUUCAACGAGAGGACUGGGAAGGCUUCCUUUGCUCAUUCCUUUAUGUCAGGCUGUGUUGCAGGUUCUGUAGCUGCUGUUGCAGUAACGCCUCUGGAUGUUUUGAAAACUCGAAUCCAAACACUGAAAAAAGGCCUAGGAGAGGACACCUACAGUGGGAUCACCAACUGCGCCAGGAAACUUUGGAUUCAGGAGGGACCAUCUGCCUUCAUGAAGGGAGCAGGCUGCCGGGCCCUCGUCAUCGCCCCUCUCUUCGGGAUUGCCCAAGGGGUCUACUUCAUUGGUAUUGGGGAGCGGAUCUUAAAGUGUUUUGAGUAGAGGUGGCAGGAGCCCAGGCCCCUUGCUGCCAGAGCCUGUUCUACUCAGAGGGUCGAGCAGGAUGGCCCAUUCCUACUUUGUCCUUGUAGUGCUACCUCAGCCUCUGAAGAAACACUCUCACCCUAACAAGCGAGCUGGGUCCGGUCCCACAGCCCUUCGUGGUAUCCGCGUUCAUUUUCUUUGGGCCCACAGCCUCAGAAGCCUCCAGCUACCUGCUUGUCACCAACAAAAAUUGUUCAUGGGUGGUUUGUAUUAACUGUAGGUCCUUAACACGUAGUAAAGAUAGAAGGGCUGUUCUACAUUUUACAUUUUUACUUCACACUCAAACUCUACAUACUUGUGGUUUGAGGAUUUAGUUUUUUGUUAAUUCUGAGUAAAAUACUUAGUUCUUGCACUGAUUUUGGGGAAAAGGAGGCUCAGAAGUUCAAGGGGACCAUGAAAGCCCUGAGUCAGUACCUGGUCUGAAGCCAAACAAAUCUUUUCAAAUUGAGGAUGGCUGCUGGGGGUCUAAGUGAUGGUCUGGGCCAAGUCAAGGCCACUCCCGGCCCCGCCCCUCCCACUGCAGCAUGGCUCACACAGAACGUCCACGCAGCACGGUUUUAAAUAAAAUGGAUUUUAAAAUGUCAUCUUUGUCAUCAGUGGGAGAAGCAGACGGGCUGCAGUGAAUGGUUUGCCCUCUACUGUCCCAUCCCUCUCAGAACCAACCUACGUCAAAACGGGCAGACACAGUUCCCACCAUGGGCUCUUGGCAGGGCUGCUUGGAGCCACCGGGACGGCCACAGGGGUGCUCUCUCUUCCCACUCUGCAGGGUUUCCAUCAUGGCAUCACCCUGCAGCCCGGUCCCCACGUGUCCCCGUUCCUCCCCAAGCUGCUGUGGAGACACUGGCAAGGUGAGGGCCUGGGCCUGAGUAACUAGGCCUGUGCCGGAGCUGGUAUUCACCUGCAUCCCUACCUCAGCUCUAGCAUUAGGUCUGUGAGGUGGUGCGGCUCAAGAGCCAUUUUCUCUACCCAGAGGACCAAGUGAGAGUGCAGGCUAUAGAGACAGACCCGGGUUGGACUCCCACUCUGCUCCGCCCCGGGUUCUUAGUACUCAGUGGGGAAGAACUAAGGAGCAAGGAGAUGAAGAGAAGGACCUUUGUGGAGGCGUUUGGGCCUGACCACAGUGGCCCUUCUUCCCCCAGUGAGCCCUCGAUGCUCUUCUGACUCUGUCAUAGAAGCUACUAAAAUGAUUUCUUCACUAAAGCUGUCAAAAACCCUCCAGAGGACAGAUGAUCCUGAACACCUGUGUGUGGUGUGCGCAAAAGAUCACCUGGGCUGGGUGGACAACUACUGGAGAAGAGUCUGGUAAAAAUGAGCAGGAAAUGCCAGAGGACAGAGGGCUAAUGGUUUCAA